CUUCGCCCUCCUCUUCAUCAUGUCCCUCACAUUAAAACUCUCUUCGCUCGCGAUUCGAACUCUGUCAAAACCAAUCGCCGUAUGCUGCCCCUUGCUUUUAUGAAUCAUACAGAUACUGACAGCGGGUAGAAUCGCAUCAAAGCUCAGGCCCGCGAACAUGAACGAUUUCGGAAAGUCUGCGUCUCCAUGGCGCAGGCACUUCAUCGGUUCGAUAUGCGACUCCGGUUAGGUGCUGUCCGUGACAAUGCCGCCUCUCAAAAGCGAGCAGCUGCCGAAGCCGCUCUCAGGAAACACAAGCCCACAUCUCCCACGGUCAAGACAGAGGCGGAGGCAAAAGCAGAAGAAGAUGCCAUUGCAAAAGCCAAAGCGGCCGCUGAGGAGGCAGCGAAACCAGCCCCAAAACCCCACAUCCGACCCCUCUCGGAAUCCAAGGCGAUCGAGUCAGGCGCGACAUUCAUCAGUGAGACAUUCUUAUUCAUUGUGGCGGGUGGGUUGAUCGUAUUCGAAUCGUGGAGGUCCCGACGGAAAGAAAACACCCGAAGAGAGGACGUCGAAACUCGGUUGGCCGAACUCGAAAAAUCCGAAAAAGCCGCCCGAGAAGCUCUUCUAGCUGUAGAGAAAGAGCUUCUAGCACAGAAGGCAAAGCAUGGCGAGCUGUCGAAAUCGUCGCAUAGAAUCCUGCCCCGCGAGGUCUGGGACGUCGAGAGACAAGAGGAAAGAGAACAAAUCGAAGAGCAGGGCUGGUGGGCUUGGAUCUCAUCCUAUCUGCCAGUGAGUCAGACGCCAGAACAACAAGCAGAAUCAGUCAUUAGGGAAAGUAAGAAGACAAUUCCAAAGGUGCCCGCGCCUGUGGGCGAAGUAGUACCAGCACAGAAUCCCGCCAGCCCUGACCAGAGUUUGGAGUCGAGAAAGGCUUGAGGGAUUCCCUACUCAUGGAUAGAUUCUUUGUGUUUAUUUUGUGCAGAUAUCGUUAUAGAACUCAUUGCUGAAGGCGCGUGUUGGUGUUUUAUAUUUUGGAUAUCCGGG